AUGUAUCCUACACUCAAUUUGGCAGUUUGUUUAAAGUCAUCUCAUCUCAUCUCAUCUCAUCGCUUUUGUUUAAAAAAUUCUCAGAGCACAGAAAAACACCAAAAAGAAAUAAAUAUUUCAGUGAAAGAAAGAUAUACCUGCAAUCCAUCUCAUCGGCAAAAGAAAAAUGGAUGGGUAAGAGAAAAGAAUGCUUUGAGAGAGCCAUUAACAGCAAGCCUAAAGUUUACAAUCCAUCUGAACUCCAUUGUCUUCCGAUACAUUCCUCUGUAUGCAAUAAUUAUGGUCGGUAAUCCAGUUUUACGUCCGGUUGACAUGAAAAUGCAACCUGCUCCGUAUCAAGACAGAGUUAGAGUUGUCCAAAAGAUAUACACACAGUUAAAGAGGUUUCAAUCGAGCAGCCCUCACAUUAUAAAGGCAUCGACUAUUUGGGAACAUGAGGUUGCUAAAAUAGCAAAAACAAGACAAAGUUACGCGUUCAAUGCUUCCAUUCUAUUACGAGAUAUUGUUAAAUAUAAGGGUAAUCUUGAUAAAACUGGCAAACCUAAGAAUAAUAGUUCGUCAUUAAUACAAAGGUCCCACGUAUUGCAAAAACUACGAUCUUUGCUACUCGACGAGGAAACACUCAGUAGGAACGGAUUUUUUGUCAAGAUGUAUGACACUGAUCCGAUCAAUGAAUCAGAAUCAGAUUAUGUGGAAUGCUAUAGAUGUGAAACUAAAUUUGAUGUGACAAAAAUUAUGGAACCGACAGUAUGUCGGUACCACCUUCAAAGGAAAGUAUAUAACAGAGAAACUAAAAAAAGAGAAUUUCCUUGUUGUGGAGCUUCCCUUGAAUCAUAUUCAGACAUAUCUGCAGGGUGUAUGAAAGCGAAAAAUCACGUUUACAAAUGGGAGAAUUUCACAAAACUGUCGAGUGUGGUCCCUUUUAAAUCUCUCGUUGAUAUCAAAGGCGAAGAGAACGUUUUGGCAUUAGACUGUGAGAUGGCUUUCACAUCGAAAGGGUAUGAAAUGAUUAGAAUUACAAUAGUUGACUUCUGGUCCUCAGAAGUAGUGUAUGACAAGGUAAUAAAGCCACUGGGCGAAAUUAUAGAUUUAAAUUCUAAAUUUAGUGGGAUUCAUCAUAUAGAUGAUACUGCACCUACAAUUCAUGAAGCAGAAAAAUGUUACAUCUGUCCUAGCAUGAUCAAUCAAAAUAGCAUACUUAUAGGACAUGGUUUGGAUAACGAUUUACGAGUAAUGCGCAUAGUACAUGACAAAGUAAUAGACACUGCCGUUUUGUAUCCAGCAGGUAAGUAUAAAUCCUCUUUGAAGAACUUGUCUUUUGAAAUCUUAAGUCGUAGAAUUCAAGGAGGAGAACAUGACAGUUCAGAAGAUGCUAUUGCGGCAAUGGAUGUCAUUAAAAAAAAAUUGAGUAUCCCCUUGGAUAAGAAGUCAUGGUAA